AACCGGAAACGUGAACAUUCCUCCAAUCUGGCCAACUUCCGCGUUUUCGAAACGAACUUUCUGUGGUAUUUUAUUUUGUUUGGGCCUUCAAUAACCGCUAAAUGGAGUCGAUUACUACGACUUGUCUUAUUGAUCUUGCCUUUGAUUUGUCAGUCGAUUGGAAAACGCUUGCACGUGUUCUUGGUCUUUCUGAAGAAGUAUCGAGAAUAUGUGAUGACUACCGACGGAAUGUUUUCGAGCAAGCUUACCGAAUGCUGCAAACUUGGAAACGGAAAAACGGAUCGCGGGCUACUUAUCAAGCGUUAGGUGAUGCACUUUCACACGAUGUAGUGUCGCGUAAUGAUUUGGCACAAAGAUACUGUGCUGGAAGAAACAGGAACUCUUUGGACGAAGAGAUUGACCUUAAAGGACUCAAGGCCGGGGAAGUCUCCAUCAGUGACGUGCUCUCCAUUGCCAACAAUUUUGGAAAAGAGUGGGUCUGGGUCGGUCGCCUUCUCGGGCUUGAAGACUCCUUGUUAGACAGCAUCAGAGACGAUCACUCACAAGCUUACGAAUGUACCUACAAAAUGCUCGAGUUAUGGUGCAAGAAAAAAAGUGGAAACGCAACUUAUGAGUGCCUUGCACGGGCGUUGUUACACAGAACAGUUGGCAUGCGGGAAGUUGCUGAGAAAUUCUGCGUGGAGCGCCGAGAAAAAUUGAUCGCUUCUGCUGUACCUUCUGGAGAAGGAAUUAAAUCAUUAGAUGAAAAAAUGAAAAAUCUGGCGCUUGGCAGUUCUACGGUUAGCGAAUCGAGAGCCGCGGGAAGCUGGUCCGAGGCGCCAAGCGCAACAGGAAACAAAAGCCCAUUAGCUGCAGGUUCAGCGCCACCCAGAGUUCCUGAGUCGACUGAUGACUGCAUAACUAAGAACUUCAUCACCAUUCUGUCAUUUCAAGUGUGGAGAGAAUUGGCCAUUAAAUUAGAUCCCACGCGCCAAUUAGGAGGAGAUUACAGACAUCUAGCUGAUGAGAUGGGAUACAAUGUGGAUAAAAUCUUGUAUUUCCAGUCGAGGAAAGAUCCUACGGAAGCCUUACUCAUGGACUGCGCAAACUCAGUCUCAAUUGACGAACUUUGUAACAAGUUGGAGACGAUUGGAAGAUCUGACGCAAGGAAAGUGGUUGAUGAAUGGAUCAAGUCACAAGACUGCAAAUGUGCAGCCUGUAAUAUCUAAAACGACCUUUCCUUUAAGGUUGAAUCCUUGAAAGAAAGUAACAUUUCGCAAAAAAUAUUUCAUGAACAGCGGGCAGCCCAUAAAUAGUAUUAAUUAUGCAUUGAUUUUCAAAACUAGGAAGGCAUUGUUUGAAAAGAAGAUUAAAUAACUCGUCAUCUUGUUCAUAGUGGGGUACUCAUAAUUCCGAAAUUUGCAAUUAUUGUAGGAAAGCUGCCCAUCUACGUGAGUGUCUAUUUAAGAGGACAAGCAUCCCAUAAACCUAAGAUCAGAGUUUUUGUUUAUUUUGUUUGCUGUUAUUGUUGCUGUUUUAUUUUUCUCUCUAACUUCUUCCCAAUUAAAAUGAUGCGGAAAUCUGCUUGCCAAUCACUCUUUGGAA